AGAAAUGGAACAGCAUACAGGGUGCUCUUGAGUCUUGACCACUAGUCCACUAGCCCAAACUCCAAAGCAGGGUUAACAGAAAGAAAUAGUCCGUAAAAUAAAAGAAAACAGAGAUGAGGUUUGAGCAAAGCAAGUAGCAGAAACAUGGCAAUAUAUGGAGUGGGUGAAGGUAUCCUUGGCCUCAGCCUCAGCCUUGGUAAUCCUUGUACAAAGAGAAAAUACCAGUGCUAUAGUCGUGUGAAUCGCUGUGAUUGCCGGAGUAGAGAGCGCAAACGGAAUGCAGCAUCGGAAAAACUGGUAGCACUAGUAGCAGUUGCUGUCACUCUGCAGGCAGCAGCCGCCUCUCCACUGCCGUGUUCCGCCAUCCCUAACCUCCAAGAUUCUCUUUACCCUCCCGCCGCUACCCCUUUCUCCCAAUCCAAAAACUUGACUACCGGACUCCUAAACGGAAAAAUAAGGCCUUGCCCGUCGGUUAAUCCAGGUUGUGUGUCAACAAAUCCCAAGUCCUCAUCUUUCGCAUUUCCUUGGAGGAUUCCUCAAUCAUCUUCUUCUUCUUCUUCUUCUUUGGAUGUCAAUGAUGUUGUUAGGCAAUUGCAGGAUGCAAUCCUAAAGACACAGAGGAAUGCAAAGAUUCAAGUUGUGGAAGAUACCCCAUAUGGCAAGUAUUUGAAAGCCGAGGUAGAUGGAGGAUUGGGGCGUGACGUGUUAGAAUUUUUGAUAAAAGGGGACGUUGUUGCAUAUAGAGUUAUGGCCACCCAAGUUACCUAUGUUUACCCUUUCACCACCGCCUUUGGGGAUUCCAAGGGACAGGAAGAAAGAAUGAAAAAGAUUGUGGAAGAGUUAGGAUGGUAUUCCCCUAGUUUUGACUCCAUGGACUAGCUAGGUGUUUAAUUUGUAGGCAUGUACGUUUCCU